AUGGACUUUGUGGCUGGCAGCUCGAGCCAGCAGCGUGAGGAAGUGGCAGCCGAGACUGGAGCAGCAGUGAAGAACAGAGAGGAAGAGAUGCAUCGAAGCGUGUUGGGACAGCUGAAGCCGGAUUACGUCAAGGUCAAGGAAUCUCUCAAGGGUCUCAAUCUCACGACGGUGUGUGAAGAGGCCAAGUGCCCCAACAUCGGUGAGUGUUGGGGGGGACUGGAGGGAACUGCGACGGCAACGAUCAUGCUGAUGGGCGAUACCUGCACCCGUGGCUGCAAGUUCUGUCACAUCAAGACUUCACGCGCCCCUCCCCCGGUCGACGAGGACGAACCUCGAAAGGUUGCUGAGGCCAUCAGCAAGUGGGGGCUUGACUACGUUGUUCUCACGUCAGUGGACAGAGAUGAUAUGCCUGAUGGAGGUGCUGGCCAUUUCGCUCGAACCAUUUCCACGUUGAAAGAUCUCAACUCGAAAGUGAAGAUUGAGGCGCUGGUGAGCGACUUUCAAGGAAACGAGGCGUGUGUCAAGACUGUCGUUGAUUCGGGUCUCGAUGUGUAUGCGCACAACAUCGAGACAGUAGAGAGACUGCAGGGAAGGGUUCGCGAUCAUAGAGCGGGCUACAAGCAGAGCCUCAAGACGCUGGAAUACGCGAAGAGCCUCCGGCAAGACCUGGUCACCAAGAGCAGCAUCAUGCUCGGAGUUGGCGAGAAGGAUGAAGAAGUCUUUCAGGCCAUGCGUGACCUCAGGUCUGUUGGAGUCGAGAUUCUGACCUUCGGACAAUACUUGAGGCCCUCGCGAAGGCACAUGAGGGUGUACGAGUAUGUUCCCAUGGACAAGUACGACUACUGGAAGAGGGAGGGGGAGGCCCUCGGCUUCGCCUUUGUUGCCAGUGGCCCGCUGGUUCGAUCCUCCUACAAAGCCGGUGAAUUCUUCAUCAGUGCGAUGCUCAACGAGCGGAGAAAGGCUGCUGCGGCAUAA